AUGUGGAAAUCAAAGAACUCAUGGCGGGUUGGAAGUAUCACAGUCCUUGUUAUCACCGCAGCUUGGGUGUUUAUUGUCGUUAGUCCAGACACCUUCAACAAGCUUGUGACUGUGAAUGAUUGCGACCGAAUCUUCGUCUGCCAAUUCCUUCUCUGGUGGGAGCCAGCAAACCAAAGACCGUACUCCGUCACUAUAUCUACUGCCGACGCGCCAAGUUGGGAGACAGGAAGUUACCACCCGAAACUUGAUGAACGUGACGUAGAUGACGUUUCACUUGGGAAUAUUGCCAGCAUUGUUGGCGAUAAUGAGCUUGCUACAGGAUAUCCCCCGGCUAAGGAUGAAAUUGCCCAGAACGAGGAUCAAGUCCACGAAGACAACGAAAUGCAGAUGGACAUUCAAGAGGAGGAGAACAGACCCACUCAAGAGGACGAACAGACUCAAGACAACUACAUGGAGGGACUGAGCCACCAAGAAAAGCUCACAGAGGAAACUAUCGACGCUGAUACCGAAUCUGAUGAUAUCGGGCUACUCCAUGCAUGUCUUUUGAAUGGUGACUGUGGGUUGGGUGUCGAUAUGGUCGAUAUGGGUAUCGGUGCUUUGAGAAGAAGGGGUGGCACCGAGAAUGUAAAGUGCAUCUUCGGUUCUGCUGGCGCCAUCACCAGUGCUGCUCGGGAUACUGUGGACUGGAAGGCUCACCGCUAUGCAUAUUACCUUGCUUCGACGAAAGUCAGCGGGUACUGGUGCCUGGUACGAAUCCUGGGGUUGGCAUUUCACUCGCGCGAGUAA